ACCCCCAGUUUUAGUCAAGUCAGUGGUGCUAUUUUGGCAACCAACAGACACACUUCAUUAGCUUUUGUUCGUCUGUAACUAUCGUUUCAAAUAUCGUAUUUUAAAGUAGCCUGCUGGCUAGCUAUCAAACAGACUAACUUUUCUCAGCAUUUUUAUCUAGCUGGCUAACUUCCUAUUUUUUGCAUUCCUUCUUUGUCUAGCCGACGUUUGUUUUUUGUUGGUGGUUUCUUUCUGGCCAGUUGUUUUCCCCCUGGGUUUUGACUUUUUCUUCCUGACCAGGUUCCAACAGGCAGCUCGGGAGUUGAGAUGUCGAACCGAACAGUGUGCAGAGAAGCAAGUCACGCUGGCAGUUGGUACGCCGCCUCAGGCUCCCAGCUGAAUACACAACUGGAAGGUUGGUUGUCUCAAGCCCAGUCCACUGUCACCCCAGCCAGAGCAAUCAUAGCACCGCAUGCAGGGUAUUCCUACUGUGGCCCUUGUGCUGCACACGCAUACAAACAGAUAGACCCUUCUGUCACUCGCAGGGUGUUCAUCUUGGGUCCGUCUCACCACGUUCCUCUGUCCCGCUGUGCCCUGUCUUCUGCUGAGGUUUAUAAAACCCCUCUCUACGACCUCCGGAUUGACCAGAAUGUCUACGCUGACCUCUGGAAGACUGGGAUGUUUGAGAGGAUGAGUCUUCAGACAGACGAGGAUGAGCACAGCAUUGAAAUGCACCUGCCUUACACUGCUAAAGCCAUGGAGAGUCAUAAAGAUGAGCUCAGCAUUGUCCCGGUGCUGGUGGGAGCCCUCAGUGAAUCUAAAGAACAGGACUAUGGGAAACUGCUCAGCAGGUAUCUGGCUGAUCCCUCCAACUUGUUCAUCAUCUCCUCUGACUUCUGCCACUGGGGCCAACGGUUCCGCUACACCUACUAUGACGAGGCUCAAGGAGAGAUCCACAGAUCCAUUGAACACCUUGAUAAAAUGGGUAUGGGCAUUAUAGAAACACUGGACCCCAUGUCCUUCACCAACUACUUGAAGAAAUACCACAACACCAUCUGUGGACGUCAUCCUAUUGGAGUGCUGCUAAACGCUGUGUCUGAGCUGAGGAAGAGUGGAACAGAGAUGAACUUCUCCUUCCUAAACUAUGCCCAGUCGUCCCAGUGCAGGAACUGGCAGGACAGCUCUGUUAGCUACGCAGCCGGGGUCCUCAUUGUACAUUGAUGUGGUCCACCUCAAACGUGUUCCCAUUGGCACCCUAUUCCCCAUUACACUGCACUACUUUUGACCAGGGCCCAUGGUAGCCUUGUCCUGGGCUCCUGCCCUAUGGGCCAUUCCGGCUAUCUCCUGAUUCUGUAGUGUGAGGCAGCUUGAUAUACAAGUCCACCCCCCUGGACAGGACGCUAGUCUUAUCGCAGGGUCCAUAGGACUCUGGUCAUAGUGCACUAGGUAAUAGGGUGCAAUUUGGGACGCAUCCCUUUCGAAGGGCUACUGCAGCUCUGAACCCCUGAACCUCUAUCGUCAUAACGACGACCUGGACACACCCUAACUCCGCUAGCCAAUGAGAAGAGCUAUUAUAUCCACAGCACCCCACCCUGCCUCCCCCUCUCCCCAGUUGUGAGUCGGGAGAGUUUUUUUUCUUUCAGUCUUAACUUUUGCUUGAAGUUGCAGUUUCUGAGAUUGGUGAGGAGGGAGUGUUGUAGGGGGUAAGGGGGUGUAUUUGGGGGUCUUGUA